AUGACCGGAGCAAUCAGGCCAGUCUCAGGGCAAACAAAGUCGCCAAGAUUGAUUGCAUACGAAAAGCAUCGAAAAGAGCUUCAAGAGUACGAGUCAAGACUCGCUGCUCAGAGGGAAGCAGAAUUGGAGGCGAAGAGAGCCGUCUAUCAAGCUCGACGUCACGCUGAAGCCAUUAAGCGGCUGUCAAAAUUAUCACGACAAAAAACCCCGUAUUGCUUCCAUCCGAAUACUGUCAAUCCACUCAAGCCAUCGAUACUCUACAAUAGAGUCAAUGCUGCUCGUGCUGAGAUCGACACGGAUGACACCAGUCUAUCCAUGGACACGGAAGAGCGAAGAUGCACGACUCCAAUGACGGGAUGUGAAUCCAAAAGCACGAUCCGAGGACUCGAGGACGAAAUUAGAGACAUGAAGGCAAAAGAGUACGACGCUGGAAAACGCCUCGCAUCAUUAUCCAAUGAGAUCGAUCUUACUAGGGCUGGAUAUCGAGCCUUUGCGGCCACUGGGGAGGCUGGAUUACUUCCUGCUCAAUUGUCAACCCCUAAAGUCCCGAUUUGGUUUUGGAACCCGGCGGAUAUCGAAGUCUUCGAGAACAAGUUCAAAGAGCGAGCCCUGGCGUCCGAGGAAGAGCAGUUGGCUUCCCAAUUGGCAUCAAUCAAACUCGAAAGAGAGAUAGUGGGAAGCUCAACUCUGGCGUUGGAGAAAGACAAGUUAACAUCUCGAUUGGACUCAAUACAAGGCGAAAGAACGAGAUUGGUAAGCCCGACGCAAGAGCAACUGAUGUAG